AUGCCGACUUACACACAUUCAGGUAAAUAUUUGUACGAAAUUUGGCUCUUUUAUGCUAAUAUAAUCGGCUACAUUCGCUUGAUCUUGAUUAUCGCUUCGGUGACUGGAGCAAGUGCAGCUAUUCAUCAAAACUCAUUUGAUUGGGCAAUUUUUGCUUCAUUUUGUAAUUAUACAGGAGGCUGGCUGUUAGAUUGGAUUGAUGGACCCUUGGCAAGAAAGUAUCAGCAGUGUACAGUUUUUGGUGCAUGUUUUGACUGGUACUGUGAUUUACUUGCCGAACUAGUGUUUAUCGUAUGGGCAGCUGAAUUAAGACUAUGGAUAUCUCUUUGGAUGCUGAUGAUUUUAGCGCUCGAACUAGGCUCAGGAUUAAUAGAUACGAACAAUGUGGCAGCAAAUUAUCCAUGGACUGAGUUUGCCCCCAAGUCUGGUUUUAGUUUUCGCAUUCUACAAAUCGUAUUUCCUAAGGGUCAUUACAGCAAGAUCGGUACUGCAGUUUGGAUUCUGCACGCUACAUGGGCAUUCUGCUAUAUAAUACUUGCUCACAUUCCUGCACACUAUUUAUAUCUCGCUGCUAUAAUACACGGCUUAAGCAUAUUAUUGCUUCCUGUUGCGCUUUGUUACGCCCUACAUCAGAUCGCCUAUAUGAUCGUACUUGUUUCGGGAUGGAAGGAGCCUGCACGUGGAACUCCUGAGUAG